ACAAGACGUCAACUCGAAGAUGACAUCUUUACUGCAGUUAAGAGAAUAGGUCUAUGAUCAGUCACUGAACUCAGGAACGUGAACUCUGGUUGCUAAAGAACAACUCAGGAACGUGAACUCUGGUUGCUAAAGAACAACUCAGGAACGUGAACUCUGGUUGCUAAAGAACAACCCAGGAACGUGAACUCUGGUUGCUAAAGAACAACUCAGGAACGUGAACUCUGGUUGCUAAAGAACAACUCAGGAGCGUGAACUCUGGUUGCUAAAGAACAACUCAGGAACGUGAACUCUGGUUGCUAAAGAACAACUCAGGAACGUGAACUCUGGUUGCUAAAGAACAACUCAGGAACGUGAACUCUGGUUGCUAAAGAACAACUCAGGAACGUGAACUCUGGUUGCUAAAGAACAACUCAGGAACGUGAACUCUGGUUGCUAAAAAACAACUCAGGAACGUGAACUCUGGUUGCUAAAGAACAACUCAGGAACGUGAACUCUGGUUGCUACAGUAAUUGCUUGCCCACAAUGAACACACGAGUUAUUGUCCUUGUCCUCCUAAAGAUCCUCCACCACAUCUGUGUGUGUCGGGGGCAGACAAUCUGCCCAGUAGCGGAGGAAGGACAACCUUACACGCUGAAUUGUGUAGGCUCGCUGAGGAAAGCAGGUGUUCCUGAAAGUUUCAUUCGAUGGAAAGUAAAAACAAACAAUCAAGAUUUUACCAUCACGACAUGUAAAGCUGAUGUGAAGACGUGUGAAACCAAUGACAAAAAAACCUAUUCGGCCAGCAACAACAUCGACACCCUAAACUACAACAGCACUCUGAGAACACUUAAUGUCACUCGGGAGAUGAACGACGCCAUAUUUGAAUGUGAGCUGUGGGACUUGAGAGAUAACUCCCACGUGUUUUUGUCCUGCCGAAUGGCUGUGUAUAAAAAGGGAGAUAACACACGAUGCGAUGUUACAUCCCUUGAUGAUGGAAAUCUUUUAUUAUGGUGUAACAUUACAAACGUCUACCCAAAUGUUACAUGCUUUUAUGAAGAAACGGUCGCCGAGAAUUAUGUUGGUGAUGGAGAGAUGAGUUGCAAAACAAGACGCGGUAAUGGAUUAUUGAACGCAUAUUGUCAGCAGAUUAUCCGACCCCGGGUGAUCGGUGAGCACUCCUUCAAGUUCAAGGUCGUACCAGGCUACGCUGCUAAGAAUGUUAACGACACAGCUGUAAUAUUUACCCGUAAAGUUUAUGUUACGCGCAUACCGCAGGUAACCAUAGAACAACCACUGAUAGGUAAUAUCUGCCCUGGUAAUCUCACCCCGAUUACACUUACAUGUAAGGCGAAUUUGGUAAACAGUGCGGCUACUGUUUUCGAACUCAUCGUAGACGGAGUAGAAACUCCGAGCCAGAGAAUGAGCAGAACUUUGGACGAGAAUCGUAAACUGUUGGAGGUCACUGCGAAUUUCUCGCUGCUAGUCGACACAACCUACGCCGGGAAAUCAGCCACCUGCUCCGUCAGGUACAGCGACUCGGCCCUCGGGGAGAACGUCAUCCGCGGCACCAAGGUGCUGGACUUAAACUGGCCACCGGGUGUCGCACCUGAAACAUACAUCAACGGCGCGCGCGUCACCGGAAGCUACGUCACGAAAGGUGAAAAUUUGACCGCGCAGUGUACCGUGGCGGGCGGUCACCCCUUUGUAUCCUACACCAACCUGUCGUGUACGGGCCCUAACUACACCUACACAGUUGGGGAUUUUACGAACUCUGUGACUCUCAACAUCCCAGGCGGGGCAACUCUGAAAAAACUCGCCAUGACCUGCGAAUGUUACGCGAAUCACGUGACCAACUGUUACAGAUUAAAAAGGAUUUUUAAAAUUGUGGAUCGGGUCGAGGGCACACAGGACGGGUGGGUGGAAGCCAACACGUUGACCACAUUAAGUUACGUCAUAAUAGGCUCAGUUCUGUUAAUCUUGGCCCCCUUCAUCAUCGCCAUUUGUAUCUUCGUGUGUCGACAUAACAAAGCCCUGUACGGCCUUUACCUGUCUAAACGUGGCGCCCACAGAUACAGACUCCACCGUUCUCGCUCCACCACUAAAACUCCACCGGGCCUGCCGCCCCCUCGCAUUCCGCCCCGACCCAAACCCGCGGCGGACGGGGACAACCUGCCCCGCCCCCACCCCGGGAGUCACUCAAGCGUGACGAGCGACGACGACUCGGGCGAGUGGACGGAAGACGAGAUCAGCAUCUCGGAACCUUUCAACCAAUCCUCCCGCGUCUUGUUCAGCCUCAGCUCGGCCGCGGCAGAGAACAACGACUACGGCAACAACAACAACAACAACAUCGACUACAACAACGACUACCUGGAACCCCUCACCGCCCACCCACCCCCUCUCCCCCCGCGGAAAACGGAACCGAGUCCCCGAUUCCGUCCCCACGACCCCACGCAUGUCGACCAGGAUACCUACCAACAAGACUUCCUGAUGACGUCAUUAUCCGACUCGCCCCCUCCCCUCCCCUACAGACCCCCAGAUCUGACGUCAUUGUCUGACUGCCCCCCUCCCCUCCCCUACCGACCCCCAGACCUGGUGUCCAUGAGGUCCAACCCAAGCAGUAACUUCAGCAGAGUUAACGCCCCUGAUUCCUCAGACGGCACCCCCGGGCACGAGAGCGGGCACAGCGAGAGCGAUGCCUCUGACGGUGAUGUACACAGGGGGCAUAAUGCCCAGACGCUGCAGAGUAGGGACGUCCACAGAGGGCACAAUGCCCAGGCAUCACAAGGCAGUCAGCAGCAGCUAAAGAACGUGCAGGACAGAGACGAUAGCGACACUGUGCUAGAGAUGGUGUCACACUGACAAUGACACGUGUGUAGAUGGCAACGAUACUCUACUAGAGAUGGUGUCACACUGACAAUGACACGUGUGUAGAU